AUGAGUGCCGUUUUGAGGUCCCUCAAAAGAAAGGUUGCUGUGCACCAAAUUGCAGUGAAGCAGAGGAAGGAGGAGCGGGUGAUCCCCAAAUCGUUUUUGUUAAAGUGCCGCACUCAGGCCAGAAAGGCCAUCCCCGACAUUCUGACUAAUCUGGAGGAGAACUACGCCCAGAAGACGCAGUUCCGUUUCUACGGGCACCUCACCGCGUACCUAUCCAGCAUCUAUGGCCACCGCUGUGGCGUAUUUCAAAAUAUGCUCAUCGAAGAGGUGGAAGGGGCCAAAAAGUCCCAGCAGCAGAACGCCUACCUGAUUAACGUCACCAUGCAUAAAACAAAUCAGGCGUUCGGCCCUGCUCAGGUGUCCCUGGAGCCCGAGGAGUACGAGUGGUGCCAGCGUUUCCUCAAUAUUAGGAACGAGCUGGUCGGUGGGCCGGACGCCAGGUUCUUUUUCUUUACCUCCACGCCCAAUCCCUGCAAAAAUCUGAACAGUUACUUCCAGGCGGCGUGGGCGGAGAUGAACUUGCCAGGGUGCCCGACCUUCACCGACAUCCGGAGCUCCAUCGCCACUCAUGCGAGGAACGCGCACACUGCCGACGACAGGCUCAAGAUAUCUCGGUUCAUGUGCCACGACACCAAAAUCGCAGACAGGUUUUACGCCAUAAAUCUGAACCCCAGGCAGGCCUUGGAGCACCGGCGUCUGUUCGAGGCGGCGCUGGAGGGGCCCGAGCUGUCCCCGGUCAAGCAGGAGCCCAAGCGCAAGCACGCCGGGAGGAAGGCAGCCAAGCCCAGAAAGCGUGCUCGAGAAGAGGAAUCGCCAGCUGACUCGUCCCGCUCCCAGUCCUCUGAAAGCAGCGCCAGUUCAGAGGGAGAAGACGUCGAGGCGGAGUCCCAUACGGACUCUGACAUGGAGGAGCAAGCCGAACCCGGCACCAGCGCCACCCAGAUACAGGCCAGCCCCCGAAGGAUGCGGCAGAGGGCUAUGGUGACUCUGUCGCCGCUGAAAAAGAAGUCCUCCCCUUUCAAAGCUAAAGUAUCAAAGUCCUUCACACCAGAGGGGCUGGCGAAAGCCAGUGAGGCCAGAGAGCGCGUGAAGGCGGUCCUUAAACUCCGCAGCGGUUUCUGCAGGAAGUGA